GCACGACAGAACAACACUACAAGGAAACAAAUGGACGAAAUGUGCAGGGAUGGAAAUGAAAAAUUUGGAGUUCUGGGGAAAACAGUUUUUGCAUCACUGCGUGCGUUCGAUGUGAUAUCAUCAUUCCCUCCUGACUAUAUGCAUGCAGUUCUACUAGGAGUAAUGAAACAGGUGUGGACCAUGUGGACGGAGAGCGAGUUUCACAAACAACCUUUCUACAUCGGGAACUCGUUGCAAGAAGUUGAAAAAAGAUUAUUGUCCUUUCGACCACCAUCGUCCUUCGCGAGGUAUCCUCGUCAGCUGAAAGAGUUCAAAAAGUACAAGGCCAACGAAUGGGAAGCCAUAUUGUUGCACUAUAUCUACCCAGCUCUCAAAGGGAUAUUACCACAAGUUUAUUUGGAUCACAUUAUGCUUCUUUCUUCGUCAAUUUUCAAGCUCUUAAGCCCAAAGCUGAACGAAUCGACUAUCAAUGGCUGUGAUAAACAGUUAAAGCAGUUUGAAACCAAAUUUCAAACUCUGUAUGGAAGAGAGAGUAUGACGUACAAUGUUCAUUUAGUAAGACAUCUCAUACAAGCAGUUAGAAAUUUCGGAGCAUUGUAUAAUUUCUCUCUCUUUCCCUACGAAUCAGGUAAUGCUAUGUUACUGGCUUAUCGAACAAGCAACAAGAAACCUAUUUUGCAAAUUGAGAGGAAAUAUUGCAUCAACAAAAUGUGCCACUACACAGAACUUCCUUCAGCUUCGCCUAUCCAAAACUGGGUGAAAACGGUAUGGACAAAAGAACACACUCCAUUACAGUUUGACUCUAAAACUGUAUUUGUUCCAUGCGAUUCAGUUGUUUAUGAUGACGAUGUAGAUGAAAUAAUUUUUAGCGUACAUAGCAGGUGUCACAAGAAUGGCUUAGUUUUGUGUACACGAGACAUUUGUAAAGGUAGCAACUAUGAUGAUUCAUGGAUUGAGAAAAAUGGAUCAUUUUACUGCAUAACUCACAUAUUGUGCGAUAAAAAUAACUUGAUUUACAUUGUAGGACAGCGUGCAAAAACUAAAAAGAUAUAUGAUAAUUUGUAUGCAUGCCAUUUAACUGAAGAAAUACGAGUUGUAAAAGUCAAUGAUUCAGUUCAACAGUGCAUCGCUAUGCAGAUAGAACAAAAUCAAACAAUUGAAAGAUUUAUUUCAAGGUGUAAAAUUCGAACGCAGUGCGAUUAAUUCUCAGUUGUUUUUUAUAACAUCUCCUUCAAUUAUAUGUAAUAAACCAAUGGCUAAAUGUACAAUAAUUUUUAGUAAGUCUUUUGUUCACGAUAGGUACAUCAUUACGUAUUUUUCUCAUAUAAUGCCUUAACAGUUAUUUUUUCACCUUGGGUACUAUUAGAGGUAUAGAACCAUCGACAUGAGAAAACCAAACUCUUUUUUUAAUUAUACGUGGAUGUGAAAAACAAAAAAAAUGGGCGUUGAAAUGUUUAUAACAGUGUUAAGAAUGCAAGAACAACCUAUUUAUUAUAAAUCUUCUAUAAAUAAUAUCAAUUUGAGAUAUGAUAUCAAAUUGUGCUCUUUAUUUGAUAUUCCCAAAAUCACGAACAUCAUCGUAAUAUCAAAAAAUGAUUUCACAUCAUAAGCAGAUAUUGAAUUGAUAUUA